CAAGUGUACAAGAAGAAGGCCAUGGCUUUGGCUGAGGCAUUGAAGGCCGAGGUUGAGGAUAUUCCCAUUGAGUAUAAUCCCUCUGCCCCACGGAGAGGAAGUUUUGAGGUCACCUUAGUAGUUGGAGACACAGGAGAGGUUCCACUUUGGACUGGUAUCAAGAAAGGUCCUCCCAGGAAAUUGAAGUUCCCGGAUGACUACAAGCCAAUCACUGAUAUGAUCAAGAAACAUUUAGUUCCUUAAAUUCUAAGCUCAUUAAUUAUAUGUUGUAUUAUAAUGAAUAAUCAUGUUGUUUUACUCGUGUAGAUGUCACAGAUGUCACAUUUCUUGCAGAAUUUAUUGUGCAUUAUGUCCUGUUUAUGACAGAUUUCAUGUAAAGUAGUGUAUCAUUUUGCCUACCAUGGAAACUUGAUCUUUUCCGCAGGUAUUAAUGCAUAUUGUAAAUAAUUCAUAUAUGCAAAAUAAAUCAUUCAUUUUUUAGCA